GUUUGGUCAUUAGAAAAUUGUGCUGAAAUGCCUUUUUGUUGCGUUAUGCGUUAUCAUAUUCCGUUUCUGUGUGUGUGCGUGUUGAAAAUAUCGCCAUCCUCUUACUCAUCGUAGAGUGCGUAGACAAACAAAGCAAGCCAAGAGUAAGCGAGAUUUGAAUGGCGCUCAGAACGAACGAUAAACGAUAUAUCACAUGCUGCAACGACCCACGACGCCUUCUGCCUUCAACUAUUGGCUCAUCCAUCGGAAUGAUGGUCUGCAAUGUUGAGCGCCGUCCCAGACAAAACUGAAUUAACCAAUAGAAGAAAGUGCGCCCAAACUCUAGUCCUGGUGUGGCCUCUGCGCCGUGUUUCAUUUGUGCCCAUUUUCAUAAGCAGCACACACUAUUUAGAACUGGCUGGCAUGUACCACACACAACAAAGGGGAGCCUUAUCAGUAGAAUGCAAAUUCGCUACGGCACCGGAUGUGUGUGGUGGAACAAUUUUCCGUUCUGUGUAGAAACAGAAAGGUAAAACUAUGAAUGAAAAGGGAGGGAGGAGCACAGUACGCAGUACUUGCUCGAAACCAAACCGGCCGCGGAUCAGAAUAUUCCCACCGGUUGAAACGUUAGCUUGGUUUCUGUCGCCUUACCACGCACCAGUUGCACUAACUUUAACAAACUGUUAAGUAAAACAUACUCACAAUUUGCUCAAAAAGUCCCCUCAAUAUGAGCUUCAUCAGCAAUGUGUCACGAAAGCUUUACGACGGUUUCGAUCAAACCUACGAGAAAAUAUUCAUCAUGUCGGCCGGACCGUAUAAUUAUUCGUAUAUCUUCAAGUACAUCAUAAUCGGCGAUAUGGGAGUCGGCAAAAGCUGCCUGCUGCAUCAGUUCACAGAGAAGAAGUUUAUGGCCAGCUGUCCGCAUACGAUCGGUGUCGAGUUCGGGACGCGCAUCAUCGAGGUUGAUAAGCAAAAAAUUAAGCUGCAAAUAUGGGACACGGCCGGGCAGGAGCGGUUCCGGGCGGUGACACGAUCGUACUACCGUGGUGCUGCCGGUGCACUGAUGGUUUAUGACAUUACGCGACGGUCAACCUACAAUCACCUGUCCAGCUGGCUGACCGAUACGCGCAAUCUAACGAAUCCCAGCACUGUGAUAUUUCUCAUCGGCAACAAAUCGGACCUCGAAAGUACCCGCGAGGUGACGUACGAGGAGGCGAAAAAUUUUGCCGACGAGCAUGGCCUGCUGUUUGCGGAAGCGAGCGCAAUGACCGGUCAAAACGUGGAGGAAGCAUUUCUAGAAACGGCCCGAAAGAUCUACCAAAGCAUCAAGGACGGGCGGCUCGAUCUGAACUCGUCCGAAACGGGCGUGCAGCAUAAGCCGGCCCAACCCGGCCGAACCACGCUCAGCAACGAUGCACAGACGAACAAGGAAAAUUGCUCCUGCUAGGAGGUACAUCGGGAGUUCCAUUGCCGGGUUGGCGCGGGUGCGUGUGUGUGUGUGUGGCAACGAUUUUUACCCCGUUUCACAGAGCGGGAAGUGAGUGAAGGAGGAACCUACCGUUCGAAACGAAACUACAAGUUGCGUUUCGUGUUAGGGCAAAGUGUCUGUGUGUGUGUGCUUCUUGAAGCAAGCAUAUAAUUAGGACCCUUAAUGCGAAAUUGCGCCAAACGAUUUUUUUCUUCUAUAGUUUGAAGCAAACUCUAAAGAUAAACCCAGAAACCCCGCUUCCAGUUCCAGUCAUUUGUGAGAUCGAGUUUGAUAGGCCUACGGCAAUUUUUCGUUUGUUACUAUUCCAUACACAUCCCUGCCCUGCAAUGCUAGGCUCUGCAACAUUCGAAACAGAAUAUCUUUAACCUUUCCCUGCAAUUUUUGUUAAGUUAAUUUGUUGUUAAUAGUUUACUGAUUGUGAAGAUCAAACGAGCAGCAGCAGGAACGGAACGAACCGCUUCAAACAACUAGCGUGUGUUGUAGGUACUCUACUGCUAAUCCCCAGGCACGGCGGAGAGCCGAUUUUUAAGUGAUGAAAGGAUUAAGUAUACCCAAUUUAGUUGAUCGGUAAGAAAUGUAUUUUAUUGUACGCAAAUAUAGUAAGCAAAAGGGAGUUUUAUUUAUGUUUCCCCGCAGUUUUA